UAACCUAUUGAAAACAUGAAGAAAAAUCCAAAACUGCCGCGUGCUGUGAAAAAAAACUGAAGAUUCCUCAUUUUUUCGAAAUUAAUCUCGAGGUGAAAGACGAAUUCCAGAGGAAGAGCCAUCCGGAGUCACCGAGGGAUCACCCACUGUAUUUAAUCGAUGAAUAAAAUUCAUUUUGCUACCGCCACUCGAAUUUCGGGGUUGACAAAAAAUUUUCCCCAGAGCAUGAGCGAUUGAAACUAGGAGAAUUCAUUAUUCUCGUAUUUUUCUAUCGAUUCUGAAUGGGUGAUCAUGAAUUUGCCAAAUGAAUCAGUUAUUAUUCUCGAUUCGCCGGAAAUUAAGAGCAUGGCGAGGAGGAGGAGUCUCAAGGUCAAGAGGAGUCUCAAGGUAUCGAGGACUCAAUCUGGGAAGAGGAAGUCCGUAGGGGUAAAAGGGAAUAGAACCCCCUUGAGAGCUGUUUCCAGGAGCAUUUUUAGAGGGUCAAACACUCCGUCUCGAAGUGAUUUCACUCCAUUGACGAUAAAAAGGAAACGACAGAGAAGUCAGGGCGGCACUCCAAAGACCCAGAAGAGGCGACGAAAAUCCAAGCCAUCAGAGAACGACGAUGACUCUGUAAUCGUCCUGAGUGAUGACGACGAAAUCCAAGAGCUUCCUGUCCGCCCUGACCCCCCAAGAGUCAUACCAACCUCCGGUCCACCGACCACCAAGACAUCCCAUGGAAAAAAUUUGAGGAAUCAACUGAGAAAAUCACAGCGACUGAGAGUUAGGAAGAAGGCAAAAGUUCCGACCCAAAAAUUGAAGAGGAGACCCAACGACGAGGACCUCGAGGUGCUCUGGUCAUCGAAAUCUGUCCCAGAGUCUGCCCCAGGGGUUGGAGACGAGAGGGUGAAUUCACCCACAGAAUCUCAAGGGAACCAAGAGAAUGUGUCAAAUCCAGAGGAGAAUUUUUUCGUUGACAUCGCUGGAGACACGUCCCUGUUCCUCGUUGAUUGUCUCGAGGAUGAUCACGAGAAGGGGAAGAGUAAGAGGAAUAAGAAGCCAGGGGAGGAGGAGCGGUUGAGGGAGAUUAUUAUUGAUGGGUGCAAUGUUGCCAUGGCACAUGCCAACUCCAAGGGAUUCUCUGAGCAAGGACUCAAGAUCGUCUUGGAUUAUUUCACCGAGAGGGGCCACAAGGUCACAAUUUUUGUGCCGCAGCACAAGCGUCACAGAAAUCGUCAGAUGCUCGAAACGUGGAAUCGAGAGGGAAUCGUCGUUUUUACGCCUAGUAGAAAAAUUGGACAGAAGAGCAUCACCCCUUAUGACGACAGGUACAUCCUUGAGUAUGCGACAAAAUGCCAAGGGAUUAUCAUAUCGUCAGAUCAAUUUCGUGAUUUAUGGAAUGAAAAACCAGAAUGGAGGGAGACCAUUGAGAAACGAUUAUUGGCCCCGACAUUUGUCGGUGAUUACCUCAUGUUCCCGGAGGAUCCACUCGGACGAUUUGGACCUAGUCUGCAUGAUUUUCUCAGACUAUAAUCCCAGGAUAAAUACUUUCCAAGAAAUAUCUCUGUACAUACCGUUUGUAUCGUUUUAUCUUGUUAGCGUUCUAUUGUUUUUGUUUAUUGCACAUCGUGGUGGUAUACGAUGACACCAGAGGCAUUCUAUGAGGGAGAGGAUUCAGUGGGAGAAAGAAUUCACCAAUUCUUAUGUACAUAAUCUUAUCUUCUUUAUUUCUCCAGCCACUGAUAUUGUGAAUCAUCUGGCAUAUAUAUUUCGUAGAAAAACCAUUUAAAAAAUAAGAAAGUUAUUUUUUUUUUCACGGGAAAUAAAUAAAUUAUAAUAAUUCCA